GUCCUAGGAUGGUUUUCGGAUCCAUGUAAGCCUGAUCAAGUCAGAGUUCAUGCUGAGGAGAGAGUCUGACACCCACAGCCUGUUUACCUCUGGAGAGACAUCUGAUAAUCACUGUGAGCAUUGGUGAUUUCCAUGUCUGGCAGGAGCAGCCUAAUCAGCGCCUGUUUUUCAGCUCUUGAAAAUACAAGAAGAGGGAUGAGAGGCAUCAAAGAGUCAGCGGUUCAUCCUCUCCGUCUUUUGUCUGUGUCUCAGAUGGGGGCGAGUUGUGAAGAGGUAGAUGUAGUGUGUCUGUGCGAGGCAGCUCCCUGCACACUUUACUCAGAAGCACACACGCCUACGCUGGAAGCUCCGCUAUGUGAACACUGUGGAAAAAACCGAGUCAUGUUAACCAGGUUCUCUGAGGGAUAUGGAACAGAGGAGGAGUGCGGACUAUCUGACCCUCAGGGGGAAAGCGACGCAGACGCUGACAUAGAGGACACAGACUGCAGACUUCAGGAGCACAGUUCUCUUCAGCGAAUCAGCUCGCGCAGACGCAAGCGUCCGCGGGUGGCGCGUCAAGACACGACGGAGAGCGAGGAUGACGGUGGGCGGAGCCACAAAAGCCAUCGCUGGAACCUGCGGCUCAGCCCUGACAGAGCGCACAGCAGGACCAUCCUGGAGGAGAGCGUCUCACAGGUGAGGCCACUGAUCAUCGCCAGGCCCAACGCUGAGAUGCAGAACAGUCCAGCAGAUUGGCCCCCAGGCUCUGAAACGAUGUCCCUGUGGCCCCCGUCCCUCUCUCUCCCCAUCAAACUCCUGCUGCUGCUGCCGCUCUCCCUCUCUCUCGUCAUUCUGAUCAUCUCCUACUUGCUGCCCUGGACGGCCACAUGACGGCGUUUUUUCAACCGUCACACUAACGUCAUCCUGCAAUAUUCUAUAGUAGAUAAUUUAGCCUUUAAACCUUAGUAAGGAUUAUAAAAGCAGUUAAAGAUGAUUAGAACUGAUGAUUCGUGUCAAAUGGUUUUCUUGCUACAUCAUAAGGCAACGCUUUUUAUGGAGCGAACAGUCGCAGUAGAAAUAAAAAUACAAGCCGAGUUCUUGGCUGCGUCUCACCCUAAGUUUCAGUUUCUCACCCCCUCGUUUGUAAAAAUAGACCUUGAUCUGGAGGGGGGGAGGAUAUCAGGGCUGCACAGAACCUUUUAAAACCCUUCAUAGGAAAACAUGUGAAAGGCGACGCUCAAACACUAUGCAAUUCUGUCCCUCCGGCAUUGAGAGGGUUCUUAAUGAUCUUCUAUGUCACCGUGUCCUUGGCCCUUUUGCCCCUCCCCUUUUCUGUUCUUAUAGUGCUCUGAAUAUUGUUCAGAUAAAGCGUCUCUAUGGUUCGAUCAACAGAACAUCUUAUUGAUGCACAUAAUAAUAAUAAUAAUUUUAUUUAUUUAUAUGUGUUCAAAGGGAAAUAUGCUGACCUCAAAACAAAAUAAGCUUUUGUGGAAAAAUGCUGUAACUGUACAAUUCAUUCAUAUAAAACCACAUAUUACCAUAAUGUAAACAUGACAAGUGCUGAUCUUAUUUAUUUUAAAUUAUGUUUAAUUGCUGUUUAGAAAACCGACCUUGACAAUCAAUCAUGCUAGUUGUUACAAGCUGAAAUGCAAAACUGGUAAAAGCAUUUCAGCUUCUCUGUACUGUAUAACAUUUAUUCAUUUGUUCAAUUUUGUUGUUUUAUUUAUACUUUGCAUUGCUAUUUAAUCUUUUUGUGCUGCUUUCCAGGAGAGAAAAGUGGUGAUUAUUAUUUAUUAGUAUUAUUUUGGUCUGUAUUCUA